AAAGUUAAGAUACCAUAAAUAAUAAUUUUAAUUAUCACAUCAUUUUUUUUUAUUUACACAUAAUGAUUAAAUUAUUCUUAUAAUUUAUUGCAUUAGCUACUGGUUAAACCAAGAGAAUUUUUUGUUAUAUUAUAUGUUAGUAGUAAACAACGUAAUAAUUCACGAGUGAAGGAGGCAAAAACAAACUAAUCUUGUUCACGCCCACAGAAAUUUUAAUGAAUUUUAAAUGACUAUAAUAUGCUACUGGUUUAACAGAAUUCACCAUUAAUCGAAAUUAAACUCUUCUUUGGGUAGGAAGUAAAAACGCAUGUCCGUUUUCCAAGAACAUAAACUGGACUGUUUGGAUAAAACAAAAAAAUUAACUGUUUCUAUACCGGUAAUUACAUUGGCGUCAACGUGGACUAACCCGACCGGUCAGCCGGAUCUUCAAGAAACUGAGCGACAUGAACAGUCUUCUUCAUUUUCAGGGGCUACAACGGCAAAAACAACAAUUUUGCAGGCAGCACAUCACAAUACAUUGGCCACCAAGAUAAAUAUUGGCUUUUUCAAUAAACCCGCCGGUCGUCAAUAUGUAGCAGCUUUUAUUGCUUCACUCUCGGUAAUGAUGGCUGGUACAUCUAUGGGAUGGCCGUCUCCAGUUUUGGCAAAACUAGCAUCUGGGGAACUAACUUUUGCUGCGACAAAUGAACAAGAGUCAUGGAUGAUAGCAUUCUUAGAACUAGGCAAUCUAUUAUCACCAUUACCAUUUGGCUUUCUAGUAGAUUUGGUUGGACGAAAACCUUGUUUGUUAUUAUGUGGUCCUCUUUACAUAAUAAGCUGGCUUAUGGUUUUAUCCAGCAAAUCGAUUAACAUAUUGUAUUGGGUACGUUUAUUACAAGGCGCGUGUAUUGGAAUUAUCACUACAGUAGUCCCUAUUUACAUCGGUGAGAUAUCAGGAGAUAAAAUCCGAGGUGCUUUGAGUACCUUUUUUAAUGGUAUGUUAAACGCUGGUAUAUUGUACGUGUAUUGCGUCGGGCCUUUAGUAUCAUACGACUUUCUUACAUUUUAUUCAAUUUUGGUACCUUGUGCAUUUAUGACAACUUGUUUAUGGAUUCCCGAAUCACCAUAUUACUACAUACUAAGAGGGAAUGACAAGAAAGCACACGAAUCUUUAGCGUGGUUACAAGGUAAUGUGGAAGUGGACGUAGUAGCUAAAGAACUAAUACGUAUAAAAGAAGAAGUAAAUAAACAACAAAAUAAUAAGGGUUCAAUAUAUGAUCUAUUUGGUUCACGAGUGAGUCGCAAAGCAUUUCUUAUCGUACAAAUAGUCGCUUUAGCUGACGUUUUGUCUGGAAUGACCACUAUAUUAGCAUACGCAUCAUCCACAUUUGCGCACGCCGAUACCGUUAACACUUUGUCACCAGAUCAGUUCACGAUGCUUCUUGGUGUGCUCAUCUUUUUCACGACUUUUAUCACCGGCUAUUUGGUUGACAAGCUUGGACGUCGUCCUCUCUUGUUGUUUUCGUGUUUUGGAUGUGGUACUUUUGAACUCAUCACCGGACUAUAUUAUUACAAGAGUUGGGGAUCAUUGGACACAUUGGGAGCAUGGAUACCAUUCACGGCUAUUGGGUCAUUUGCUAUCAUAUAUUCAAUAGGCUUAGGUCCAUUGCUACCUACACUACAGGGUGAAAUGUUCCCAUCCAACGUUCGAGGACUUGCGAGCGCAAUCACUUCGGUCACUUUAACUGUCAUAUCUUUCGUAGGUCUUAAAACAUACCAACUAAUAACGGAUCAAUGGGGUAUUCACGUUAAUUACUUCAUUUAUGGUUCUGGUUGUUUGGUCACAUUUGCUUUAAUUUAUUGGUUUUUACCAGAGACUAAAGGAAAGACAUUUGGAGAAAUACAAGACGAAAUAGUAGGUAUCAAGAAAACGUCUGUAUGUAGGUUGAAUUUAAGUUCUAGAGAACUAGAUAAUUAUCACUGUUCACAUGAUUAAUUUUAUGUGAAUUCAGCCAAGUUUUGGUUAUUUUAUUUGUAAUAUAAUAACUUUAAAUUCUUGUU